AUGACUAUUUUCGUGAGAUUUUUCGACAUUGAAAAUAAGAUAUUCAGGGAAGAAUUGCUCGCAAUAUUGCCUUUGAAAGGUAACACUCGACGAGAAGAUUUAUUCAAAGCUAUUGACGAAUUUAUUAAUAACUCCAACAUUCGUUUUGGUAAAUUAGUAUCACUUUCAACUGACGGUGCCUCAGCGAUGAUUGGCAAAGAAAAAGGUGCAGUAACGAAAAUCAGGGAUCAGAAUCCAGGUCUAAUAUCGAAUCAGUGUAUAAUUCAUCAGACUGCCCUUUGUGGAAAACUCAGUGCUACACUGAAAGAAGUAAUGCACAGCUUGGUGCAGUUGAUUAAUUUUAUGAGGUCUCAUUCUUCUCUUCAACACUGA